CGUGAGAGUAACUCAAUAAAGUUAUUGUGAAGCAACCAAUUGGGAGCGCGGCGCGAGCGGGAAGUGGAAUUGCAACUGGGAAGCGAGUCCGCUGCCAUGGACGAGCGGACUCGAAGCGGCCUGCUGCAGCACCGCACGCACCUCGUGCGCGACCUUAAGCCGGUGCUGCUGUUCGACCACCUGGUGAGCGACGGCGUGCUCACCGAUGCGGAAGAGGAGCAGCUGCGAGCGCAGGUUGCCCGCCAAGUACAGGCAUCAGAACUAUUGAAGUUGCUCUUGAACAAGGACAACUACGCAGUCAUCUCAUUCUACAAUGCUCUGGUGAAAGAGAGCUACAUUGAUCUGGCUGCAUUGCUACAAGAUUUCCUGCCCAUCCCCAUGUCUCCUUCCGAAGAACCUGAUCAUCACAUAAAAUGUGGCUCCAGUGCCUUUGAGAUGAUGCUGCGGGAGGGUGGCGUGCCGCAGCGCCCCGUGGUGUUUGUGGAGCGUACGAAGCAGCUGGGCGCCGUGCGUGAGGCGCUACUGGGGCUACGCGGAGCGCCAGGGUGGGUUGUGCUGCACGGGAUGGCCGGCUGCGGAAAGUCGGUCAUUGCAGCCGAAGCAGUGAGGGACCCAAAGCUUGUGAAAGAGUGUUUCCCAGGAGGUGUCUUCUGGGUUUGCGUGGGCCAGGUGGAUAAGCCCACGCUCCUCAUCAAGCUGCAGAACCUGUGCCAGCGUCUGCAGCCAGAGAGAGAGCGGCUCGACCUGCACAACCUCGAGCAGGCCAAGGACACGCUGAGGCUUAUACUGACGCGACUCCACCCCAGGUGCCUGUUGCUGCUCGAUGAUGUCUGGGAUAGCCGUGUGGUGAAGGCGUUUGAUGUCCAUAGCCGCGUCCUGCUUACCUCACGAGACAGCAGUGUCACUGAUCUAGCCACUGGGGCCAAACACAGAGUGUUCAUGGACCAGGGCUUGUCGGAGGAACAAUGUCUGCAGGUGCUGGCGCAGUGGGUGGGCAGAGAAAUCAAGGACCUCCCCGAGGAGGCUGCAGGCAUCGUGGCGGAGUGCCGAGGUUCUCCUCUGGUGGUGACUCUCAUUGGGGCCCUGCUCAAGGACUUUCCUUCUCGCUGGAGCUAUUACCUGAAACAGCUCCAGAAAAAGCAAUUCAAGCGCAUUCGGAAACCGUCCUCAUACGACUACGAUGCUUUGGACGAGGCCAUGGAGAUCAGCGUGUCCGCCCUCCAGGUGGAGCUUCAGGAUCACUACAACGACCUCGUCGUUUUCCAGAAGGACACCAAAAUACCCUCAAAGGUUCUGAGUGUGCUGUGGGACAUGGAUGUGGUGGAGGUGGAGGACACAAUGAAGGUCCUGGUGGACAAGUCCCUGGCCUUUCAGCAAGAGGACGCUGACACCUUCACGUACUCCUUGCACGACUUGCAGCACGACUUCCUGGUGGAAAAGAACCACGCUCUGCUGCAGAAGCGUCACGCGAAGCUUGUCGAUCGCUACUUUGCACACUCCGCCAAAAACUUCUCCUCUUUGCCGGACGAUGGAUACGUGCACUACUUUCUGGCGACUCACAUGGCGGAGGCGGGCCAAAAAAAGGAGCUGUGCGAGCUGCUCUUUUCCCUCGAAUGGGUGGAGGCCAAACUGCGAGUCGUGGGCUGUGCCCACCUCAUCAACGACUACCUGCAGCACGAGGAGCUCAUCACGACCUCGAGCCAGGAGCGGUCGAUGUGGAAGGACUUCCUUGCGUUCUUGUCCGUGAAUGGACACCACUUUACACCCACGCGGCUGCCAGACGUGCUGCAGCUGGCGCUGUGCCAGCCCGACAGCUCGGCGGUUUGCGCUCAGGCUCGUGCGCGCCUUGCCCACGGUCACCCCCCAAACACCGUCUACCUCGACUGGCUGAACAAGGCAUGUGUGGCGGUGUCGCAGCGCUUGGUGGUGCGUGCGCAUGCGGGUGCCGUGUACCAUGCUGCCUUCUCGCGCUCGGGGGAAUACGUGGCGUCGUGCGCUGGCGACGGCUACCUCAAGAAGUGGAAUUCCCGAACAGGCGAGGAGCUGAUGGCCACCUACGCCCACGACGAGCCUGUCCUCUGCUGCACCUUCGCGCCAAAUGGGAGGGUCAUCGCCACAUGCUCCGCCGAUCACACCAUCAAGCUGUGGAAUGCGCAGUCUGGCCGGCUGCUGGGCACGCACAGGGCUCACGACGGCGAGGUGCAGCACUGCACAUUCGCGCACGCCUUCCACAAGCCACUGCUCGCCACGUGCUCUCAGGACUCCUCCAUCAAGCUGUGGGAGUGGAAGGGACAGGGGAAGGGCUCGGCCCUUCUCGGCCACUCUGGGCCGGUUCGCUGCUGCUGUUUCUCUCUGGAUGACCAGCGUCUUGUGAGCUGCUCUGUUGAUUGCACACUCAAGGUGUGGAGCGUAAAACUGCGGCAGGAGGAGUGCUCUGUCGAUGUGCGCGAUUGCGUCGACUCCGAGGAUGGGGCAACGAAUGGGGGGGAGCGCUCCCUCGCCCUCCGAAGUUGCGCGUGGUCCCCGGACGGAAGCCGGAUCGUGGCCGUCGCAGAAAACAUCAUCUUCGUGUUCAACGCUCUCACGGUCGCGUGCGAGAACGUGCUCAGGACUCACGCCCACUGCACCAUCCUGGCAGUGGCCUUCGCUCCCGACAGCCUGCACUGCGCCGUGGGGCUCUCUUCCUACUCCCUAGAGAUGUGGAACGUCAAGAGCUGCCGCAAGACGGCGGACUACCGGGGUCACGUGGGCUGGGUGCACGGCGUCGCCUUCUCAGCCGACGGCUCGUGGCUGCUGUCUGCCUCGGAGGACCACACAGUCUCCCUGUGGCAGGUGAACGGGGAGGAGAGUGCGGCCGGCGUGUACCUCAAACGCGACACGCACACGCUCUUCCGGGAGGACGGCUCUCUCCAUAUCGCUGCUCCUGACAUCAACAACUGCCUGCGGGUGGUUGACGAGACGGGGCAGGUGGUGAGCGUGAGCGACCCACUGCCAUCGCGUGUUCGCUGCUGCUGCCUGAGCGGGGAUGGAAGCAUUGCGGCGAUGGGCUGUGAGAGCGGAAUCAUGCAGAUUGUGGACACAGAGAGUGGCAACAUCCUGCACGUUUUGGAGGGGCAUACAAAGUGCGUGAGACAAUGCCAGUUCCUGAUGGACGGACACGUUCUCCUCUCCUGUUCCGAUGAUGCAACUCUGAGGAUGUGGAGGUGGAGGGAAGGGGGGGGGCAGUGCUCCCUGCUUGACGAGCACACAGAGGAAGUGAAGUGCUUCUGCCUUCUGUCCCAGAGCCUCCUGCUCUCCUGCUCAUUUGACGGAACCACCAAGUUGUGGGACCUGAACGAGCUGUCAUUAGUGCGGACAUUUUGUGGCCAGGAGCCACACGCCGCCAUCUUGUCGUGCCAGGUGAUGCCCAGCCUAGGCCUCUUUGUCGUCACCUGCACCGAUAAGACAGCAAAGGUGUGGCAGCUGGACGGUGGUGCGAUGCCGCUGCAUGUGCUAAAGGGACACACGGACUGCGUUCGCAGCUGCGGUUUCUCCCCCGACGGGAAGAUCCUCGCCACCGGGGACGAUGAAGGUUUUGUGAUGUUGUGGAGUGUGGAGAGUGGCCAGAAGUGGAGCUGCCAGCCCACGGCUCGCCAUCACGCCUGGGUGACUCAGGUGUCCUUUGUGCGAGAGGGGCGGAUAUUACUCUCGGCAGCUGACAACAUCAAAUUUUGGGAUGUGGAGAGUGGACGUGUGCUACAGACGUUCUACCCUCGAGGGAGUCUCCUGAAGCGCGUGCACACCUCUCCAGAUGGAAAUCGGUUGGUCACCGUGGACUCCAUUGGGCUGCUUUACAUGCUGUCCCUGCUGCCCUGAGCCGGACAGUGUCGACAGGACCCGUCCCACCAGCCAAGACGAAUAAUCACGUGCAAAAGGAACUUCUGCGACUUCACUAUGCAAAUUUCAAGCAAGCCAAAGUGCCUGGCUCCUAAAAUUAGCGAGGGUUUGAGUCCACGUUGCUGUCUCACGAAGUGUGCUUUUGUUACUGUAAACUGAAGACCUCUUCAAAGUUAUUUCCUGCUUAAAUGAGCAUUGAAGCAAUGCUCAUCUCCUGUUUACAGCCCUGAGCCAGUGUAAAUGAUACAUUCCUAUAUCAGGGGUGGGUCUAUCAAUAGGAUAACCACUGUUGACGAAUGCACAAAGUGGUGCGUAUUUUUAUUGACUUUGGAGGGAUAAUGGGCUGGAGUCGAAUCCCAAGCCAGGAUUUGAACUGGCAGCCUUAUAAUUGCGAACUUCUUGCUCUACCACUGAGCUACCUGGCUGGCCAAUUAUCUCUUGCCAUAUUUGCAUUCCAAUGUUUUGUACGUGUUUUAAGUUUUACCAAAAGUGUAAUUUUUGUAUCUGCAGUGGCUCAAAUUUUUGCAAUUAUCGGAUUGUUUUACACUUUGUUUGUAGUGAAUGUUAUUGUGAGCCCAAUGCUAGUGUACUGAUAGAUAAGCAGUAAGCAGCAGACAGCGGUGAUGGAGAUGAGAGGAGGAAAACAGUGCAGGAGGAAAAUGUUGCAAAGCAGAUUAGUAGGAGCUACCGGGGCUGACAGUUCACUGGGAUAUGAAGGGAUACAGACAAUUCUAGAAGGCUGGUGAGGUAGAUAAAAUGGAACUGAGGGGUUAGAGUGGGAGUUGGGUUGGAGUGACGGACCGGACCGGAGUUGCAAAGCAGCUGAGACGCAGGACAGGUCGAGCUUUAUGAAACACUUUGAGAGUAUAGAGGGAUGGUGCUGUUUGGUUGGCGACGAGGGGAAUUCGCUGACCAUAGAAACUGAGUCAGAGAAGAAAAUGUCACGAGUUGGUUAUGGGAUAUGCACAGUAGUGGGUGACUGGUACCAUUCUGGAUAAGAUACACAAAAGGGUUUUAAGACCAAACUGAGAAUUAUUAUAUAAGGUAGCUGGGAGAGCACGCAAUGUUUUAACACUGUACCCACACUUAAGAGAGCACACCUACCCAAUGUAAAGAUAAGUCCGCAUACUCUGUGUAAAAAACCGAAGCAGACUUAACACUGAGAGAACACACUCUUUGCAAAGUAUACUUGUACACAUGAGGCGAAUACACACAUAUGAUAUAGGUAUUGUUAGGUACGGGGAAAUUAAAUUCACUGUGAGAAUUUGUAGUGAGGCAGAGUACUUUAUUCUUGUACUGGUGACAGAUUGGACACCGAAGAAGUUGGCAGUUUUCAGUACAGUAUUUGCUUCAAAGCGAUAUACGGAAAAACGCUUCUAUCAACAACGUCCCAUGAAAUCUAAAUUUGUAUUUGUUAGCACCAAGAGUCAAGUUUGUGUCUCUCCGUGUAGACAACACCUUGAACCCUUGCUUGAUCUCAUGUUUGACAACCACGCGAUCACGAAAAAUGCCUUGGUAGUUGUGACGCAAUCAUCAGGUUGUUCCACGUCGCUACAGACCAGACAAUUGUCACCACCGCAGAACUGACUGAUGAAAAUAAACACUUUAACUAAAUAUAUCCUCUCUGUGGAUAUUUACAUUGAUGUUGGCUAUUAACACUGAGGUAAAUAACCACGUCCCUUUCCAAUAGAACAAUAACUUGACAUCUGUGUCUAAGCAUCUCCUAUCUUAUUACAGUAUAAGUUACAACAAAACAGCAUAAUUUAUGCUUUCUGCCCUGUUCAAAUGUGAGGUCUCAGCUGUGAUGUCUCCUUCUCUGGCAUUGCCGUAUUUUACUAUCUGAACUGCGGUUUAUGUAUUAUGCUGACCUUUCGCACCAUAUGUAGCCAACCGUGCUAAUAGGUGUGGGGACAUGGAUGAGGUAAUUAGAUCAACCUCUCCCCCCACCAUUGUGGCCCCCUUUCAUGAUGCCAGCCUGUGUGCGAGACAUGGGGCGGAUGCUCUGCGGCAACGUCAAUUUUGAUUUCACGACUUGGUGCAAUGACUCGCGAUUCGCGUGUAUCACGCAAACCGAGAUGCUCGCGGUUGGUAAACAGGUGUACAGAAGUAAAUUCGCGUGCACUCAAAUCUCGCGGUUGGUAAAUUCGCGGUUGGCAAGGGAUUACUGUAUCUCCUUUGUGUCUUACCGUGAUCUAGGGCACCGUGGUGGCUAGGAGAUGUUAUCUCCCUCACCAUGGUUUUCAAGAGGUCAUGGGUUCAAUUCCAACCCUGAUGCCUGCAUAUUUGGAGUUUGCAUGUUCUCCCCGUGGUCGCGUGGAUUUUUAUCUGGGUCCUCAUGUUUUUCGCACCACAUUUAGUCACACCUUUAUAGUAUUUGGCUGCUAUACAUUUUCCACAUUAUAAGCAACUUCGUUGAGCCAUCAUUUGUGGCCAGGCCGCUUCUGAAAAAAGGCGAAUAGCUCGGUGGGCCUUACCUGGUAAACUAAAGUGUUUUAGUUGUGUGAUCUUGCUCAGACCACAGAUAGUUUUUUUACUUAGGAGCUUGCUAUAUUACUCUGCUCCACACUCGCCACUACGGUGCUCCGAAAGAGAGAGAUCCAGGAGCCAGUGUUGAACAGCCAAGACACUCUUUAUUCAAACACCUACAAAAGACUGCAAUGUGAUCAGACAAGGUUUACGACUCAGCCUGCAGAGACGACAACAUGCCUUGCUCCAAUCCCAAACAAGCAACCCCUUACCCCGUGUUGACUUUAACGCCACAUAUCAAACAUGAAUUAUCACAAAUAUAUGGUAAUUUAACUCGAAUAAAUAACAUUCCUGUAUCCUUAAUGUAUAUGAAUUAUGUUACAUUUGUAGGACUUGAAAUAUCACACGCCACGCGUUCUGUUGCUAGGCAAGCGAGCAGAGUACAGUGGGAGCAUCUGAGGACACAGUUGUUGUCGUGGCAUUAAGGGGGAGGUCGUUAAGAGACGCAACAGUGUUAGGGGUGACUGAGGACGCAGACCGGUGAUUGGUCAGGAGGGUGAGUGGUUAAUGACCGGCGCCGGCCUGGCGGCAAUAACAUGGUCACAUGAGGCUGGGGGCCUGCAGGCGAGUAGCAAAGCGGGGGAUGAGAUAAUUGAUUGGGACUGAUUGGUGCGGGGAUAAAGGGCUCAGCGUAACGGAGAGACGGGAGUCUUGGUUCGGAUUGGAGCUGGAGUGGUUGGUGCCCGGGACAGAGACGAAGCAGCAGUGAGCAGGAAUAGAUACGAUAAGGAUAGAGAGAACACAGUGUACGGUUAGCAGUGGAUAGAGAGAACACAGUGUACGGUAGCAGUGGAUAGAGAGAACACAGUGUACGGUAGUUACGGGGAGACAUGGAGUGUUGUUAAUGGCGGGUUGUGCAUCGGAGCGAACGGAGAGACACGGAGCGAUGAUGAGGAGGAGGUGUGAACUCUACGCGUGAAUAAACGAGACGAGAAAGACAACGAGAGUACUGCACAUUUGUAAUAAAGGACUCGACCACGG